AUGACGUCGAACGAUCCACUGGUAAAUACACUAAAUUUUCUAUCUGAAUGUUUUGCCCGUUAUGCUUUAAUUAUUUUAUUUAUACUUGGAUUUAUCGGUCUCACUCUCAAUACUCUUGUAUUUACACGCAAAGCAUUUCGUCAAAAUUCUUGCACACGCUAUUUUUUGGCAUCCACAAUAGCCAAUUAUCUUGUUGUCUAUUUUAUCAUACCAAGUCGUAUUUUAUCUGAUGGUUUUAGUGUUGAUCCAGGAACACAUUCUUUAGGCUAUUGUAAAUUUCGAUUUUAUAUCUAUUUUACAUUUAAAUCUCUCUCAUCAUGGUUCAUUGUUCUCGCGUCUAUCGAUCGCUUUAUGUCCAGCUCUCGUAAUUUUAAAUGUCGACAAUUUAGUCGUUUAUCCGUAGCCCGAAAUAAUAUUGUAAUUACAACAAUUAUUUGCUUGUUAUUUUAUUCUCACGUAUUCAUUUUUUACGAUAAUCGAAAUGGUAUUUGUAAUUCAUUAAAAGGUGUCUAUCGAAUAUUCGAUGAUGCGUGUUAUCUUAUCGGUUACAGCAUCGUUCCACCAAUAUUAAUGAGUGUGUUCGGCGUUUGGACACUCUAUAAUAUACGUAGUCUAAGGCUAGUUUCACCUAAAACAACAGGAUCUAGAGUUGUUGUGAUAGUGAACAGAAAUCAACAGUUAGCAUUUAUGUUAUUGUUUCAGGUAAUAUUUACAUCACUGACUACUAUGCCGCAUGCAACUCAAAAACUAUAUAACACAUUGACAUCCGAUUUUGUCAAAAGUGAUCUUAUUCGCGCACAAGACAAUUUCUACACAGAAGUAGCUCGUGUAAUAUCGUUUGUUAAUCAUACAUGUUCAUUUUAUAUUCUAACCCUAUCAGGUAAAACGUUUCGUACAGAAUUGAUGAAAAUAUUUGAAGAAAUUCAACAUUAUUUUACAUUACAUCGAAAUACAGCAGUUUUAUGUAUUCCAUUAACAAGUGUCAAAGUAAAUAGAACAACAAAUCAUCAUCAAGUGUCAUAG